UUGAAAGCGCCGCUGUCCGGGGCGGGCCUCAUUACCCUAUCCCCUGUCCGCCAAGAGGGCAUUGCUCUCCAGGCUCGACUCCCCAAUUGUCGUCUUGCCAGCACCACCAGCAGGGGGACAAUGUCUGCAAUGUCUACAGCUGAUGGAAAUCUUUCCGAUUUUUUUUCUGGCCGGAAAGUCCAUCAGUCUGCCCUGGCUUUAAUGCCUGACAUGGACUCGUCGCUCUUUACGGCCAUCCAGUCUAUUCGACGCUCUCACGACAAGCAUUAUAGGCGGUGGCCACCUCACGUCAACAUCAUCUAUCCAUUCGUGCCAGAGUAUGAAUUUGAUGUUGCUGCUCGCGUCCUCCAAAAAGCAUUGUCCUCCUUCGCGGUCAUCGACGAUUGUACAAUGGCCCGGAUGGGCUACUUCGAACACGGGAGAUCCUCCUGCACAGCGUGGCUGGCCCCGCAAGAAGCGCGGUUGAGCGAUGCAGAGCUUCGACACGAAGAAGAACUUGCCAGCCCAGCACCGCAUCCGAGAAUUAUACAGCUACAGGCUGCUUGCCAAGCUGCGAUACCUCACUGCGCCGACCUGACCGCCUCUUUCGGAGGGAGAUUUACACCGCACCUGUCCAUAGGCCAGUUCCAGGAUAGAAAGGGCGCGAAAGAUUUCAUCGACUCGGUCGACUGGGUUGCAGAGGCCUUCCCAGUGCGUCAGCUGUACCUGCUGGCGAGAAACGGGCCUACGGACCCCUUCAGUGUGCGCUAUAUCGUCCGCUUGGCCGGCGGCAGCGUGACUAGAGUAGAGCCCGGUACACUCCCACGCCAUGCAGGCGCUACCGUCGCCGAUCAGGGUUUCUUUCGCCUGAGUGCUGACACAAAGAACGCAACACCUCCUGCCCGCAUAAACCCAGCAGAGGUGGAGGUAGACGGGAGCUUGCUAGAGGGAGGGGGGCAAGUCCUGCGCACUUCCCUGGCCCUAAGCAUCUUACUACGAAAGCGCCUUCGCAUCAGCUCCAUUCGAUCUGGUAGAAGCAAGCCGGGCCUGCAGCCUCAGC